GCUCCAGGCGAGGGAUUCUUUAUGCUCAAAGGUUCCCAUUGGGCGUACGACAAUCAGAAGUGCCUGUACCUGAAAAGGAUGGGGACACACCUCAACCACACUAUGGUAGCUUACUCUGGAUGGCUAAACAAAACAGAAUACACGAGGCACCCGAUACUUCUGUCAACACACCAGGGAUCUGGAGGCGCUGACAGUCUGCUGAAAAUCGAAACAAAGUCUGCAGCUUACUUCUACGAUAUCAAGCACGCUGACAAGAUGACAUCAUGCAUCGUUAUGACAGAACACAACGAUACCACUGCCCAAAAAUGCAUGAUGUGGGUCCGCGACCACUUUGCCCGCACUACGAAUGCGGAUGCGAAGCAAAGAUUGACAGAAUGCGAAGCAAAGUACAACAGCCUCGAUUGCAAGACUGAACAACCCAAGGAACCCAAGUGUCCAGCUUUAACUUCAAUACUUCCAAUAACGACUGACGAAUCCGACCUCAAAUCGUGUCGUUGAAGAUAUCCUUCUUCACCGUGCAUUAAAUAAUUGAAUGUUU